UCUUCUUCUUUUCGCUUGGUGCAUCAAUCAAUUCCGCUUGCAUGUUUGAAAGAGAAAGGUGAAUAAACGUCAGCAAGCUCUAUUAAGCAACAUUUGCACUCUUGCCCCGGACGUUAGUUUUAUCAUUAUAUUUACCCGUUUACCCGUUUUACCCAAUUCGAUUGGGUAAUAUUUUCAUAUGCAAUCUGAAUAGCCUUUCAAUCGGCGUGCACUUUUGAAAAAUUUGCGCUAGUGAGUUGUCCAAAAAAAGUCUCACGAAACCUACUGCAAGCCUAUCCAUAUACGUGAGAACAAAAGAUGUUUACAAAGUUCUUACAGAUAGAUUAACACGGGAAAUCUGAACACAAACCACUACUACACAGGAAUUUGGAUUGGUCAAGUGUUCGUGUGUUGAAAUGUCACUUACCUCUACUCUCAUUGUUUUCAAACAGCCUACGAAGAAGAUUGUCAAUUUUAUGUCCGCGAACAUUAAAUUUUGCAAAAAAAAUAUUCGUGCGCGAUUUGAUUUUUUAAGCAAUAUUUAAAUACUCAACUCGCUAGUCAUGAGUUUAGUGAAUCAGGUGAAAUCAAAAUUGCUAGCAAGGGAAUACAAAGAUGUGUUCAUGUUAUUGCGUUCGGCCGAAAAUGAAGUACUUCUGCAGACCGAGAGCAUGGAAAUGGUAUCAGCGUUAGUCGAUACAUUGAUCGAGGCACGUACCCUGAACGAAGCGAAGCUGCUUUCCUUAAGUGAGGAUCUGCUUAAAUUGGUAGUUGAAAAAUGCUUGCCACAGGAAGUUCUACUCGAGUUGUUAGAAAAAGUUGAAACAACAAAGGACGACGAGAUCUUCACUAGUUUGCUGAAGGUGCUCCAAGUGGCGCUUUUGCGGCUCAACGAAAGCAAAGUGCGAACGCUGGAAUGGAGCCUAAAUACGAUACUUUCAUAUAUCAACAGCAUUCAGCUUCCUGAUUACGUAUCAAAAGUCGGAACGGAUGAAGAAAAGCUCCUAGAAUGCGACGAAACAAUCCGACGAGUUUUGUUGCUAUACAUGACGAUCCUUCUAUUCCUUGAGCCAAUAUGGAAGACGUUGAACAGCAACGAUAUCAUUUUCAAAACCACGAGUGCAACCAGAAAAAAUGUCGUCAUCUGCUUUAUCCUGCAGCUUAUUGGAAAUCACUUGAUAUACUUGGACGUUCAACAUAAACCCUGCAAAACAACUGAUGCUGGCGUUCCGGAAGAUGCUAAAACGUAUAGUCGUCAAGUUGCGGAAGAUUUGAUGUCAACGGUAUGCAGUUUGCUAGGUGAUCCGUUACUUUUACUACCUUACGGAGAAAGGCGAUUGCGUUGGUCCGGAAGACGUCAUCAGAAUAAUACUCUCACGCAGGACAUUUUCAUGAAUGAAGAAAAGUGCCCCAUACUUGCGCUGGCAAUGUUUCAUUAUCUUUUAUUAGGGGAAGAUGUGCUCCUUAAUACAGCCCCAACGGUUUACACACAACGUUAUAUUUUCGAAAUGGGCUUGUAUUAUUGCACAAAGUUAAUAAGUAAUGAAAACAUUGUUGUGCAUCACAAAGGAUUAAUACUCGCCAAGAAAUUACUGGACAAGUUGGGCCCGGAAAUGCUGUCGCCAGAUAAUCUGGAUGUUGAAAUUCAUCGAACGUUUUGCGAAAGCUUAUCAAACUUAAUUGUUUUCUCCAGUAAUGAAAAACAUCGCAAAGAUGGGACAUUGCUUCUUAGGAAUUAUAUCUUACAAUUUGAUUCCGAGGGCAGAUACCUGGUCAUCGCAAAUCUUUUCAAAAUGGUACAACAUAAUGGAUUGCACUCUUAUGUAGCAACAAUCUACAAAGAUUUGGUGAGCAAGGAAUUGAGCUGCAGUAGUAUACCAAGCACAUGGUAUACUGGAAAAUCGCUCAAACAUUUGUUGCUAACAGAAAUUUGCGUUUUGAAAAAUGGAAUUGAAACCGACUUGGUUGAAAAUGCGGACACUAUAAUCACUGGGCUCAACGUAUUGCGGUUUCUUCUUCUUCGUGAUAGAUUGAACCAGACCUCUAUUUGGGAGUAUACGAGAGAAAUCGAGCAACAAUACCUGGAUCCUCUACGAAAAUCGAUAAAUUUAGCAAAAGCUCAUUUCACAGAAGAACGCUCAAGUAUAGCCCAAGCUCCGGAAUGUAUUAACAGCAACAGUGUAGAUGUUAGUAUCAGUAUGAUGAACGGAGGUUCGCUUCCCGAGCUCACUAAAGAAAAAAGACUUGAACUGCUAACACAUGCGAUGAAUCAAUUCGAUCUAAUGGAAUGUCUCCUUGCAAGAGUUCUUGAUUUUAUGUGUUUCAAACCUUUUACCGCUUGAUUUUUUAUGAAAUACAUGACUAAUCCAGUUAA